AGCCGAAAGGUAGGGUGGGUUCGGAACUCCGAAGCAUUUGGCUUAAAACCUAACCUUCUUUCUGUCUCAAGCGCCGCUCUGCUCUCUUUCCAUCUUCCUCUAUCUCCACCGUCGUAAACGUUACAGAUAUCCUCUAUCUUCACCGUCGUAAACGUUACAGACAUGGCGGUUCGCUGCUUCAGCCCCUGUGAAAAUGUCUUCAUCUCCUCCACCACCGCCACCUCCGCUUUCAUUUCCUCCAAACCCAAGUCUUUUCCUUUACCAUCAUUCUCAAUUAACAAGUCCAAGAUUUCCCACCACUUAUCGUCAAAUGUUUCUUCCAUUACAUGUAGCUCUGUUAAGACCAGCCAAGUGACCGGAGAUCAAAAAUCAAAUGUGGGUAAGCGAACUGAUAUAAAAAAGAUUAUGAUUCUUGGUGCUGGGCCUAUUGUUAUCGGCCAAGCUUGCGAAUUCGACUAUUCUGGUACCCAAGCUUGUAAAGCUUUGAGAGAGAAUGGGUAUGAGGUUGUUCUUAUCAACUCAAACCCUGCUACCAUCAUGACUGAUCCAGAGAUGGCGGACAGGACUUACAUUGAACCCAUGACGCCGGAGUUAGUCGAGCAGGUGAUUGCAAUCGAGAGACCAGACGCGAUUUUGCCCACCAUGGGUGGCCAAACUGCGCUCAAUCUUGCGGUGGCGUUGGCUGAAAGCGGUGUUCUUGAUAAGUAUAAUGUGGAGUUGAUCGGAGCGAAGCUUGAAGCUAUUAAGAAGGCUGAAGAUAGGGAAUUGUUUAAGGAAGCCAUGAAGAACAUCGGGCUCAAGACUCCUCCAUCUGGGAUUGGAACCACCCUUCAAGAAUGUCUGCAAAUCGCUAACACAAUUGGUGAGUUUCCUUUGAUUAUUAGACCGGCUUUUACUUUAGGGGGUUCUGGUGGUGGGAUUGCGUAUAAUAAACAAGAAUUUGAGGCAAUUUGCAAGUCUGGGCUGGCAGCCAGCGUGACAUCACAGGUUUUAGUGGAGAAAUCUUUGUUAGGUUGGAAAGAAUAUGAGCUUGAGGUUAUGAGGGAUUUGGCUGACAAUGUGGUUAUUAUAUGUUCUAUUGAGAAUAUUGAUCCAAUGGGUGUUCAUACUGGGGAUUCAAUCACAGUUGCUCCUGCACAAACUUUGACCGAUAAGGAGUACCAACGGCUUCGUGAUUACUCUAUAGCUAUUAUAAGGGAAAUUGGAGUUGAAUGUGGUGGUUCUAAUGUACAAUUUGCUGUGAAUCCUGUGGAUGGUGAGGUUAUGGUUAUUGAAAUGAAUCCUAGAGUUUCAAGGUCCUCUGCUUUGGCAUCAAAAGCUACUGGUUUUCCUAUUGCAAAAAUGGCUGCCAAAUUAUCUGUUGGUUAUUCUUUGGAUCAGAUUCCUAAUGAUAUCACAAUGAAGACACCGGCUAGUUUCGAACCUUCUAUUGAUUAUGUUGUCACAAAGAUACCCAGGUUUGCAUUUGAGAAAUUCCCAGGAUCUCAACCGGUGUUGACAACCCAGAUGAAAUCUGUUGGUGAAUCCAUGGCAGUAGGGCGCACGUUUCAAGAAUCUUUUCAAAAGGCGGUCAGAUCACUCGAAUGUGGCUUCUCUGGUUGGGGUUGUGCACCAAUCAAGGAACUGGACUGGGAUUGGGACAAGUUGAAAUACAGUCUCCGGGUCCCUAAUCCUGACCGAAUCCAUGCUAUAUAUGCUGCAAUGAAAAGAGGCAUGAAGGUGGAUGCCAUUCAUGAGUUGAGUUUCAUUGACACAUGGUUUCUCACCCAACUUAAAGAAUUAAUAGAUGUUGAGCAAUAUAUCAUGGCAAAAAGUUUAUCGCAGCUUACCAAAGAUGAGUUCUAUGAGGUAAAGAAAAGAGGUUUCAGUGAUAAACAGAUAGCAUUUGCUACAGACUCAACAGAGAAAAAAGUUCGUGUAAAGCGGUUGUCUUUGGGAGUUGCUCCUGCUUACAAACGUGUUGAUACAUGUGCUGCAGAAUUUGAGGCAAACACUCCUUAUAUGUAUUCAUCUUAUGAUUUCGAAUGUGAAUCAGCUCCAACCAAAAGAAAGAAAGUUUUGAUCUUGGGUGGAGGGCCAAAUAGAAUUGGGCAAGGAAUUGAGUUCGAUUAUUGUUGCUGCCAUGCUUCAUUUGCACUCCAGGAGGCAGGCUACGAAACCAUAAUGAUGAACUCAAAUCCCGAGACUGUGUCCACCGACUACGAUACAAGCGACCGCCUCUACUUUGAACCCCUCACAGUUGAAGACGUACUUAACGUCAUUGACAUGGAACGUCCUGAUGGCAUCAUCGUGCAGUUUGGUGGUCAAACCCCUCUGAAACUAGCUCUUCCCAUCCAACACUACCUAGAUGAACACAAACUCCCCUCUGCUAGUGGUGGGCAGGUUUCCAUUUGGGGCACAUCACCUGAUUCUAUCGAUGCUGCUGAGGACCGAGAGAGAUUCAAUGCCAUCUUGAAGGAACUAGAAAUCGAACAACCAAAAGGCGGCAUUGCUAAAAGUGAUUCCGACGCUCUUGCCAUUGCAUCAGAGAUCGGAUAUCCAGUUGUUGUUAGACCUUCUUAUGUUUUAGGUGGUCGUGCUAUGGAGAUUGUUUAUAGUGACGAGAAGCUAAUAAAGUAUCUAGAAACCGCUGUUGAGGUGGAUCCGGAACGCCCAGUUUUGGUUGACAGAUACUUAUCUGAUGCCAUAGAGAUUGAUAUCGAUUCACUUGCUGAUUUGCAUGGAAAUGUGGUUAUUGGUGGAAUCAUGGAGCAUAUUGAACAAGCCGGGGUCCAUUCUGGUGAUUCGGCUUGCAUGAUUCCUACAAAAACGGUUUCACGUUCAAGUUUAGAAACAAUCAGAUCUUGGACAACCAAAUUGGCUAAGAGGCUAAAUGUGUGUGGUCUUAUGAACUGUCAGUAUGCAAUCACAGCUUCCGGUGACGUUUUCUUGUUGGAGGCAAAUCCCCGAGCUUCUCGUACAGUUCCUUUUGUGUCUAAGGCAAUUGGGCGACCACUGGCUAAAUACGCUUCACUUGUAAUGUCGGGAAUUUCCCUUCAAGAUUUGGGCUUUACGAAAGAAAUCAUCCCAAAACAUGUUUCGGUUAAAGAAGCGGUUCUCCCUUUUGAGAAAUUCCAAGGCUGUGAUGUGUUUCUUGGACCGGAAAUGCGUAGCACUGGUGAAGUGAUGGGGAUUGACUUUGAUUUCGCUAUCGCAUUUGCCAAAUCGCAAAUAGCUGCUGGCCAGAAGCUGCCAGUUUCUGGGACCGUUUUCCUUAGUCUAAACGAUAUGACAAAGCCACAUCUUGCGAAAAUUGCACGAGCUUUUGUGGGGCUUGGAUUUACGAUUGUUUCAACUUCUGGGACUGCUCAUGUUCUUGAAUUAGAUGGGAUCCCAGUGGAGAGGGUGCUGAAGCUGCAUGAAGGACGUCCGCAUGCAGGUGAUAUGGUUGCAAAUGGACAAAUCAACUUGAUGGUGAUUACAAGUUCCAAUGACGAUCUUGACCAGAUUGAUGGCCGUCAACUGAGGAGGAUGGCCCUUGCUUAUAAGGUUCCGAUCAUAACAACUGUUUCGGGUGCUUUGGCUACUUGUGAGGCCAUAAGAAGCUUGAAAACCAGCAAGUUCAAAAUGGUUGCUAUUCAAGAUUACUUUUCAAAUGAUGAACAGAAGAUCGGUAAGAGUAUUGCGGCAAUCACAACCGAGUUGUAGUUAAAAUGGAGAAUCCAUUAGCACAUUUGAAGACUUGACUUCUGAUUAUGGAAUUUUUGCUUGGUUUCAACUCUCUGUUUUCAGAUGAAUGUGGAUUAUUGUUAUUAUUCUUUUCUAUCUGUACUAGUUCUUCUUCAGACACAAUAAAUUUUGGUACCAAGCAUUGAUGCUUGAAUUGGAGAACCAUUGAGCCAAAUUGCAAGCAUAGCAAUUUGUUAUGGAUGAUUACGGGGUUGAGGUCAUGUCUGCCUAUCUCAUAUUUUCAAACCCUACUUUCAAAUGUGAUUUACUGGGUCUGUUUGUUCUGGUU